UCGGCAUUAUUGUUUUGUUGGGUUUCUGGAGCUACAAACUGUAUUGGAGAAAGUUCCUAAAGGAUGAAGCAGUUGAAGAAUUCUUGCAGGCAUGUAAUAAUCUUGUGAGAGGAAGGUAUUCCUAUUCAGAUAUUAAGAAGAUGACAAUUGAUUUAAAAAAUAAACUGAGUCAGGGAGGCUGGAAAAAGUUACUAAAGGAUGAUGCAGUUGAAGAAUUCUUGGAUGCAUACAAGAAUCUUAUGCCAAGAAGGUAUUCAUAUUCUGAUAUUAAGAAGAUGACAAAUGAUUUUAAAAAUAAACUGGGCCAGGGAGGCUUUGGCUCUGUUUUCAAAGGAGAGCUGUCAAAUGGUCAUCUUGUUGCAGUGAAGAUGUUGAGUGGCUCCAAAGGUAAAGGCCAAGAUUUCAUCAAUGAAGUUGCCACAAUAGGAAGAAUUCAUCAUGUCAAUGUGGUGCAACUGAUUGGAUUUUGUUCUCAAGGAUCAAAAAGAGCUCUUGUUUAUGACUUCAUGCAUAAUGGAUCCCUAGACAAUUAUAUCUUCCCCGAGAGAGAAAAAUACAUAAUUCUAAGUUGGGAGAGAAUGCAUGAGAUAGCUCUGGGAGUGGCUCAUGCCAUUGAGUAUCUGCACCAGGGAUGUGAUAUGCAAAUUCUACAUUUUGAUAUUAAACCCCACAACAUUCUUCUUGAUGAAAACUUUACUUCAAAGAUUUCAGACUUUGGGCUUGCAAGAUUUUACCCUAGAGAUAAUAAUACUAUUUCUCUUACUGCUGUAAGAGGCACAAUGGGAUAUAUAGCUCCAGAGAUGUUCUACAGAUCCAUUGGAGGUGUUUCGUACAAAGCUGAUGUUUAUAGCUUCGGAAUGUUGUUAUUGGAAAUGGCAGGACGGCGAAAGAACUUGAAUGCACAGGCAGAACAUUCAAGCCAGAUAUAUUUCCCUUCCUGGAUUUAUGAUCAACUGGAAAAGGGAUUGAGCGUUGAAAUUGAGGAUGGCUCUGAGUAUGAUAAGAAAAUAGCCAAGAAGAUGGUCAUGGUUGCAUUGUGCUGCAUACAGUUGACGCCCAUCGAUCGCCCUUCUAUGAGCAAAGUUGUAGAGAUGCUUGAAGGUGACGUUGAACUCUUGCAAAUGCCUCCGAAACCUUUCUUCUGUCCACAAGAGAUGCCAAUGGAGGAUGCACCUGAUGACACAGCUGUUGCAGAGGUGUCACAUGAUAGUGCUACAGAAACGUCCUCCAUGGUAUAA